GCUCUGGGCGGAGGAGGGAGAAGCCAUUUCCCGCUGCCAAGCGAGACGGAAGUCGAACCGUCUUUUUUGAAGGCAAGACUUUCCCGUCAACCUUUCUCCCGCGGCAACGGUCUUGUUGUGAGAGAGAGGGCAUGGCGGUGGCCGAUCUCACGCCGACGGAAAGGUACGCGGCGGCGUCGUUGUUUGCUCUCGCCCUGCGCCAGGCCCAAAUUCACCAGACAGCUCCUCUUGGCUUCCAUCCUUCCGACGGCGACAACGGCGACGGCGACGACGAUCAGCGGAGCAGCAAUGCGGAACGCUCGAAGAAAGAGCUCGAAGGAGAUCAGGAGAGUCUCUGGACUGACAAGAGCUGCGGCCUGCUCCGACCCGUCCUCAGUUGCUUGGAUGUUGAUCGGAAAUCAUGGUCGGCGAUCGAGGAGACUGCAGCGAUGCCGUCGCCGAAGCAUCACAUUGGAGCGUUUUUGAGGAUACUUUCAGAGGAAAAUUGUGAUAGACCUCCCGAAAUUUUGGAUCAGUUUCUUGCUUUGGCCAAAUCAGUUGAUGCGACGGUGAUGAGUUUAGAAGAUGAUCCUGUGUCACCAACGGCUGAGGGUAUACAUGUUGCAUAUGAUAACAAGGCAGAGGUGGUUUCCAAGUUUGCAGCUGAGUCUCGUAAAGGAUUUCAAUUGCAAGGUUCAGGUGUAUAUUCUGAUGGAGAAAUGCUCGGACGGUCCAGACCCGAUGAGAAGGAAAUUGUGGAAGGGAAGAUGGAAAAUUACCACUGUAAAUUGGUUGUGAUGUAUGAACUUCUGUCUGCUUGUUUGGCUGAUACUUCUGAAAGAGACAAAAAGAACUCUCGGAUGAAAAAAGGUUAUGAUGCUCGGCAUCGUGUUGCGCUUCGUUUAUUGGCAACAUGGUUUGACAUCAGGUGGAAUAAAAUGGAAGCAUUGGAGUUAAUCAUUUCUUGCUCUGCCAUGGCGUCUGUGAAGGCAAAUGAAGCUCAGUCAGAAGUUCAUGAAAAUCAAACUACAUGGUCCAGGUGGAAGCAAGGUGGUAUUAUUGGUGCUGCUGCACUGACUGGAGGAACCUUGCUAGCAAUAACUGGCGGAUUAGCAGCUCCAGCAAUUGCGGCGGGGUUUGGUGCACUGGCACCCACACUUGGUACUCUUGUUCCUGUUAUUGGUGCAAGUGGGUUUGCUGCUGCAGCCACUGCUGCUGGUUCAGUUGCUGGAUCUGUAGCUGUUGCAGCCUCUUUUGGAGCGGCUGGAGCUGGCCUUGCUGGGACGAAAAUGGCUAGAAGAAUUGGAGACAUUGAUGAGUUUGAAUUCAAGCGUAUUGAUGAAAGCCAAAACCAAGGCCGUCUAGCUGUUGGCAUCAUGGUCUCAGGCUUUGUCUUCGAAGAGGAUGAUUUCUUAAGACCAUGGGAAGGUCAAAGGGGAUGCUUGGAGAGAUAUGCUUUGCAAUGGGAAUCAAAAAAUUUGAUUGCAGUAAGCACUGCGAUACAGGAUUGGCUGACUUCAAGCCUGACAACAGAAUUGAUGAGACAAGGUGCCAUGUUGACAGUGUUAGGUAGCCUUGUUGCUGCAUUAGCCUGGCCAUCCACAUUACUAGCAGCAACAAAUUUUAUAGACAGCAAAUGGGCUAUUGCUGUGGACAGAUCAGAUAAGGCUGGGAAGCUUCUUGCUGAAGUGUUGCAGAAGGGAUUACAGGGAAACAGGCCUGUCACUCUUAUUGGUUAUUCCUUGGGAGCAAGGGUGAUAUUCAAAUGUCUUCAGCGUUUAGCCAAAUCUCAUAAUAGUGCUGAAAUUGUAGAAAAAGUUGUCCUACUUGGAGCACCAAUUCCAUCAAGAGAUGAAAAUUGGGAGGCUGCUCGGAAGGUUGUGGCUGGCAGGUUCGUGAAUGCGUAUUCUACCAAUGACUGGAUGCUUGGUGUUGCUUUCCGUGCAAGCUUGCUUACAGAAGGGUUGGCAGGAAUUGAGCCUGUCGAAGUAUCUGGAAUUGAGAACGUUGAUGUUACAGAAGUGAUUGAUGGGCAUUCUUCAUACCUCCAUUGUACCCAGCAAAUUGUUCAACGGCUUGAGUUGGACACAUAUUAUCCUGUUUUUUCCAAUUCUCAAGCAAGUCCCAAACAAUUCGAUUAACUAAGGUGUAUCGGGACCUAACGGUAGCAGGUCGUGUAGGGCCUGAGCAAAAACAUAGGCAAACUUCCAGUACCAGUGAAAUUAAUGACAAGAAAAAAUAUUCCUAGCAGAUAAAGAGGUUAUGCGUCUGAAAAUCGUGGGCAACCAUUUCUUGAUCAAUGUAGGCGGCUUCUCUCUUUUAACCAAAUUCAGGGUUAAGGCCCAGCUCUGUGGAGCCAAAUAACAGGGUUAGGAUCCUUGGCCCUCACGUUGACCCGAAGCUGGAAGAAGGUACAAUAUUAUUUAUGUUUCCAAUAAAAGAGGGCUAUCAUUCUGCA